UUAUUAGUAUUUAUUUAUUAUUAUAAAUUGACAGUUUGUUUGAAUGAAUGAAAUUAAAUUACCUGUACAAGAAGAGCAUAAUUUGUCUCCUUUUAUUAUCGGAACAAUUAUUAUUUCAAUUAUUGCAGUGAUUGGAAUUGCAGGUGUCUUGAUUUAUUUACUUGUUCAAAGAGGAAGGAAACAACAAGAAGAAGAAUUAUUAUCAAAUAAUAAGAAUAAUAUCAUUAAAAAGUUAUUAUUUCCACAAACUACUCACAAUCAUCCAGUGACUUCAUCUUUAGAUAGUCCAGAAAUAUUUUCAACCAUCUUAAAAUAUCCGCCCUCAGGAACCAUCGUCACUGCUCCUCCUCUUUCUCUUUCUCUUCCUCCUACUUCUUCUUUAUGUAAAAAUAAAACUUCUUUACGUGAUACAACGUUCAUAGAUCCUAUCUCUAUUUCGAUUGCCAGACAAAGUAUGGAAGAAAGAAUGGGUUAUUAUAAAAGUCCAAAUAGAAAGCCUAUUCCAUAUUAUGAGCAUUAUCGUCAUUCUGCUAUUUUUAGUAGCUCUACAGUAAAUAAUAAUAAUAAUAAUACAUUCAUGCAAGAGAAUGAUGAUGACGAGGAUAUAAAAGUGAUGAAAAGUUGGCCUGAUACAUCUUACAAAGUUUGGUGAUAAUAAUGAUUAAAUAUACCUUAUAUUCAUUUCAGUAUAUAUCUUGGCCCUCCUCC